AUGGGUGUCUUCACAUACGCAGACGAGUCCACCUCAGUCAUCCCCCCACCAAGAUUGUUCAAAGCCCUUGUUCUUGAAGCUGACACCCUCAUCCCCAAGAUUGCUCCCCAAUCAGUUAAAAGUGCUGAAAUUGUUGAAGGAGAUGGAGGUGUUGGAACCAUCAAGAAGAUUAGCUUUGGUGAAGGAAGUCAUUACAGCUAUGUGAAGCACCGGAUCGACGGGCUUGACAAAGAUAACUUUGUGUACAGCUACAGUUUGGUUGAAGGAGACGCUCUUUCAGACAAAGUUGAGAAAAUCAGUUAUGAGAUUAAGUUGGUGGCAUCUGCUGAUGGAGGUUCCACCAUAAAGAGCACCAGCAACUACCACACCAGAGGUGAUGUUGAGAUCAAGGAAGAGGAUGUUAAGGCUGGCAAAGAGAAGGCAACUGGUCUGUUCAAGCUUAUUGAGAACUACCUUGUGGCCAACCCAGAUGCCUACAACUAA